CCCGUAACAAUAGUACUGUCUAAACAUGGCUGCCUCCGUCCUGCAACGCUGUCUGUCGUCUGUCAAAGUCGUCUCAAAAUGUGGAACUCAGACAUAUUUAGCCCGGAGGUACCUUCUGUCCCCUGCUUACACAGACAGCAAAAUAUGGGAAGAGCGGCGUUCAGAUCCUCAAAAUCUCGCCAAACUUGCAAAUCUGAUGGACAGAACAUAUGAGCGGAAAUUCCCGGUCAGUUCACUGGCAAUUGCUAGGUUUGUAGACAGUAUAUCCUCAAGAGAAGAAGUUGAUCAAGCAGAGUACUACUUAUAUAGGUUCAGACACAGCCCAAACUGCUGGUACUUGCGAGACUGGACAGUCCACAGCUGGAUCCGCCAGUGUAUAAAGUACGGAGCGCUGGACAAAGCCCUACACACCAUAAAGAAUAAGGUGCAAUAUGGAAUAUUUCCUGAUGACUUCACUUUCAAUUUAGUUAUUGACACAUUUCUUAAAAAUGAAGACUACCAAGGGGCCUGUUCUGCAGUGGAAGAGGUGAUGCUGCAGGAGGCCUUUGACCGUCCCACCACUCAGAUCCUCUCCCUGUUGGCCCUCAGCAAAUACCUGGCCCUCAAGCCUGAUCUCUCGUUGGAGGAGCAGAGAAAUGUGGGAGCAUCUCUACUUCUUGCUGGACUGAAGCAGGAGAACUCUGUUGGUGUGAGCGCUCAGUGCUUGGGCUAUGCACUCAUCGGGAAGAUGGAGAUGACUAAGGGAAUACAUGCAGUGUUCCGGCAGAUGCCCCUGAUGUGGACCCACGGCUACCUGGCACGGGCACUCGCUGUCAUGGAAACAGUGUCCACGGGAACUGGAGAUGUGAAAAUAUCCAAAGAUGUCCUGGACCGGGUGGAGUCUGUGCUUGAAGAGCUGUCUGCCCCAGAGGCCUGUGAAGGAGCGGAUCAGAGCUCUUCUGAUAGUGACUCUGAUAACGAGACGCCCAAGAGCAGCCUGGAUGAGGAGGAUGAGCAGGAGAGGGCAAAGCUCCCGGAGUACACGGCUAACUUUAAGGCCCUGCGUGCCCAGCUCCAGGCCUCGGGGAAGGAGGACGCCACCUCUCUGGAGGUCCUGGUCACCAGCCUGGCCCAGGGGCAGCUGCAGGCCGCCGAGCAGCCCGACGUGGAGCUGUACCAGCGCAUGGUGGGGGAGUGGGAGGCCGAGCGCUGGAUGCUCAUCCAGAAGGAGAAGGAGAGCAGGGAGAAGAUGGAGCAGAUCACACAGGAGAGGAAGGCUGCCAAGGCCGCCGCCAAGGCCACCGCUUAGAGGCUCUCAGACUGGGCAUGGACUGGACAUGGGAGUGGGCAUGGACUGGGCAUGGGAGUGGGCAUGGACUGGGCAUGGGAGUGGCUCAUCUGGCCAACGUCACUGUCAGAAGUCAACAAUGACAAACAGACCAGCUAUGGUCAGUUUAAGCCAUGGAAAAUUACAGUUAAUUAUGUAAUAGGAAAUCAGUGAUGUUCAGCAUUGCUGUGCCAGGCAUCUCACCAUCCUCCCACCGUACUGGCCUCUCUUAAAGCCAUACCGAAGGGACUGAGGAAUUGGGUGUUUGUUGUGACAGGCGAGCAAUACACAAUUGCAGCUGUAAGUAUGUGUCGUGUGACCAGGUGGUUUUGCUGCCCAGUGUGGUAUGAAUUGUGGUUGAAUAAAAAAAAUUGUGUAAAUAUACACAACACCGGUAAAUAAAAUGAAAUUAAAAAUCCUCUACCAAGAUCAUAUCUUUUGAGUUUA